GCUGUGGUUGAGUUAGUAUAGAAUGACCCGACCUUCCUGACAACUAAAGUGGACACUUUUUUUUUUUUUCACUUCAUAAAACUUUAAAUGCCAGAAAAAAUAAAAAAUAAAAAAGAUUUUGCAUUUGUCCUCAAUAAAAACUCUCCGCUAAUCCCAUCAUAACCCAAAUAAAUGGUUAACUUGAACUGAUGCACAUGCGUGCCCUGACACCCAGCCCUCACGCUCGCUGAAUAAUGUAACUGUCCUCAGGUUGGAAUACACAGCAUUUCACUGCCUGUUCUAAUGGCAACCGGUCACACCAAAUAAUACAGACAGACGCGACGAGAGCUCAGGCCAGACGUAAAGAAAAUGUUAAAUGGGAAUAAAGAUGUUACGCUACUGUUAAAAAUCGAUCCGGACUUGCUCGUUUCAUAGAGGACUGCCACAGUCAACGACACCAAACCGAGCACGGAACAGUAUUUUUCCAAUAUAUUUCCUUGUAUUAUUAUUAUUAUUAUUAUUAUUAUUAUUAUUAUUAGUUCGGUCGCUGCUGGAGAGGCAUCAAAGUUCAGAAUGGGUUGCUCUACCAGCACUCAGACGCAAGAGAGCAACAGACCGGGUGUGAAACCCGAGGAAAACAAUGGGGCAAAUACAUGCGCCCCUCUUGAUGUGAAUAGCCCUAUUGCAGAUGAAAGCGAAACGAUUCCUGAUCAGUCUGUCCUAAAUCAGUUAAAAGAGACAGAUACCCGGCCAGAGGAAAACUUACCAACUGAAAAUACUCGCUCUGAGCAGACUGCACCUUUAGAAGACAUGCUGUUUGAUUGUACCGCUGCCAAUUCAGCCCAGGCAGCCGCUGAAGAAACUGUAGAGCCUGCAACCAAAGUAGAAGAAGUCAUUCAAGAUGUCUCUGUGGCUAAUACCCUAGAGGAUACUGCUGCAGUGGAGCCCACACUUCUGGAGACAGUGGCAGAGGAAGUGGCACCCAGAGUCACAGGGACAGUGGCAGAAGAAUCUCCACACCUCCCUGAUACCUUGACAGAAGUGGCACUGGGCCCAUCUGAGACAGAGGCUGAAAUGACACCCAGCUCGCCAGAGGCUGCAACAGAAUUACAGGAAACUGCUGAAAGUAAACACAUUGAAGACGAGACAGGAGAAAAAGUGGAAGGAGAGACACAGCAGGAGGCAGCGAGCCGGGAGCCUGAAACAAAAGAGGGUGAAACAGGAGAGACACUGAAGGCUGCCCUGACAGAGUAACCAGCAGCAAGGAGGACUGAAACAACACGAUGUGCAGCAGUACCAUUACUGGACACGUUAUCCAUGACAAUGCAACCAUACAGCUGAGUUUCUCAGUCUAGAGCUCUAAAUGCAGGGGGAGGGACUGCCCGGAGAAGUCUACAGACAUAUUAAACCAAGUCAUUUCUAACUUGCCAGUUGCCAAGAUACAAAAUAAGCAAUUACUAUGGGGAAAUGUAUCUAUACCUGCCAGAGCGUGCCUUUUUCUGUAACUUUGGGGAAAUUCUAAUUUUGUAAAUAAAUAAUGCUGGUCGGAUAAUUCUUCAUAUUAUUAUUAAUAUUAUUAGUAGGAAAAGAGCACUGCUUCUUUUAACUUGUUUGAGCUGGCAGGGUGCUUACAAUCCUCUCAAGAGCUCUCAACAGUCCUGUCUACUCUGUGGAGGAGCACAGUUCAAUGUUUUCAUUGUUCAAUGUUUUACAUGCCAUGCAAUGGCCUUCACUACACUGUCUUUUUUUUUUUUUUAUAUCAAUGGCGCAGUCAGAGGUCUCUCUGUGUCCUCAGGUUUUAUAUCUGCAUGUAGCUGUGCAUAUUUGGAGCCAAAGAAAUAAUCAUUUUUAAGUGGUGUUUUGAAAGCUUUAAUUACCUAGGGGGAUUAUCUUUCAACAAGUGGCACUAUAUUACACAUGCGUUGAUAUUAUCGUAUUCCAAAUAUUCUCACAAGAAAAGAUUAGUAUUAUUGUAUUUUAUUUUAUUACAAGUUUUUCAUAUACUGACUUUUUUCUUA